GGGGCUGUGCGCCGCCGGCGGCCCCGCCGCCUCGGACCCGGCUAUAGAAGAAAUAAAGGAGAAAAUGAAAAUUGUGAAGCACAAAAUACUAGUUUUGUCUGGGAAAGGAGGAGUCGGCAAGAGCACUUUCAGCGCCCACUUGGCUCAUGGCUUAGCAAAGGACGAGACUAAACAGAUUGCUCUGUUGGACAUAGAUAUUUGUGGACCAUCAAUCCCUAAAAUAAUGGGUAUAGAGGGAGAACAGGUUCACCAGAGUGGUUCUGGAUGGUCUCCGGUGUAUGUUGAAGAAAACUUGUGUGUAAUGUCUGUGGGGUUCUUGCUCAGUGGUCCUGAUGAUGCUGUUAUCUGGAGAGGACCCAAAAAAAACGGAAUGAUCAAACAAUUUCUUCGUGAUGUGGAUUGGGGUGAAAUUGACUACCUUAUUGUGGAUACACCUCCAGGUACUUCAGAUGAACAUUUAUCUAUUGUGCAAUAUCUAAGUUCCUCACACAUAGAUGGAGCAGUUAUAAUCACUACUCCUCAGGAAAUAUCACUUCAGGAUGUUCGAAAGGAGAUCAACUUCUGUCAUAAGGUGAAAUUGCCAAUCAUAGGUGUUGUUGAAAAUAUGAGUGGCUUUGUAUGCCCAAAAUGUAAGAUUGAAUCUCAAAUCUUUCCUCCAACAACUGGAGGAGCAGAGAAGAUGUGCCAAAAUUUAAAUAUUUCUCUCCUGGGGAAAGUGCCCCUAGAUCCUCAAAUAGGGAAAAGUUGUGAUCAAGGCCAAUGUUUUUUCUCUGAAAUACCUGAGUCCCCAGCUACUUCAUCUUACAGGAAUAUCAUCCAAAGGAUUCAAGAAUAUUGUGGCCUACACCACUCUCAAGAAAAAUUAUCUAACCAAGGAAUGGAAUAAAUGUGCAGUUAAUUAUAGGAAAGCAACGAUUGUGUCAUGAAUCGAUAGGAAGAAUGUAAAGAUUUGUACUCCCUUUCUGUAUUGCAAAUAAAUAAUUUAAGUUAAUGUGCUUGCUUUACUUUCCUGUUCUUGUUGUGUGCGAUCACCAUAAUAUUUGAACAUCUAGUCCACCUGAUGUCUCAAAGCUUUGUUAUAAGUUUGUAGAAAUAAGUCACAUAGUGCAUCAGAGAUGAAAUCUAAAUGCAGAAUUCUGUGAUACCUGAAAUCUUGCAUAUGUCGUUAGUGAAAUUAAUCUUCAAAGGUGUUCAAAUAGACUUUAUUCAGAAACUCUUAUAUAUUAAAUACAUAUUUUCAUUGGAACAUUUACCUGAGUCUUUUUUUUAAAUUAGUACUUUCAAGCCUCCUUCAUUUGAGGAUUAAUUGUAGUGUGCAUUUCCAUGCUGUGUUUCAUUGGAUAAGAUCACUUGGACAUCUUUUUCUUUGAUUAGUAGAGUUCCAUAUUUAGAGUGCAGUCACUUAAAUUUAGGAUUGUCUCCUCUUUUGUGAUCAGAGUGUCUGGGAAAAGAAAAAUAAGUUUCAGCCUAGUGGGAACAAAUUACUAACCAUUUUUUUUACUUAGACAAGUUAACAUUAGUUUCCUUGUUUGUAAUACAAGAAAUUAGAGGGCAAGUGUCAAGGGAAAAUUAACUGCAUUUGCUUUCAAAUUAAAAUCAAUAUAAACUUGUCUGUGUGACUGCAGAACAGAAUGAGUUGACUUGAGGGAGCUAGCUGCCUACUAGAUUUAUAGCAAGGAAAUAAGUCGGUGUUCAGGCUUUAUUACUUGGUGAAUUAAACUCCUACAAAUAAAUUAAGUGCUGUGUUGCCAGAAAUCCCCCUCAAAUGUGCCUUUCCUCUGCUCUCCUCAACCCAAUCUCUGAUUCCAGACCCCCCUCCUUCAUGACAGAAAUUAGCCAAAGGGAGGAAAGAAAAAGGGGAUGGGUAACUACUCUACUCUGCACUCUCAAGAAGGGUAUUCGCAUCCUGAGUGUUAACAAGUCUUUUGACUUGUCCAAUGGUUAAACCUCCCAAUCUCUGAGAAAUGAGUAGCACAUUCUGUAGGAAAAUUGCAGCUAUCUUUUAUAUUACAGUACUGAAAUUAUGCUGCCUGAUCUAUGUAGUAUGAAUAUCACAGAACUGAGUAUUAGAAACACCCAGAAAUCAGGAAUCCUCCAGAGGCUUUUAUCUUAAUGACUAAAAUGACCCCAAUCAUUAACAAACAAACUCUGUAUUAACUUCUCAAACAGAAGCAAGAAAUUAUUUUCAUAGGAUAUAAAGCUAGUCUUUGGCCUGUUUUAAGUAAAAAUUGAAAUUUUCCUUCCUGCACACAUUGCCUUUUUAUGUUAGCUUAUAACUGCAACCAAGGAACUAGUCACUAAAAAUCUGAGUUUGACAUGUUUUGACCACACAAUUCUUUACUCUUGUUCAGACAGAGUUGAUGCUCUAGAAUAGUGUUACUUAAUAAAUGUUGUCUUAUUGCUUAUCCAUUUUUCCAAUAUCAGUCCUCAACUUACAUAACCACUAGGUGACUGUGUAUUUCCAUAUCCUUCAGGACAUCCAUUCCCUGAAUUUCUUCUUCUCUCUUGUAGAAUAACACAAGAAAUCUAAAGAUGAUGUUCUACUAAUCUAACGCUGCUCCAGCAUUAGUAUCUAGAACAUCUACUGCAAUCAUUCCUCAAUCAUUUUUGUUGCCGCCUCUAAUGUACUUUACAAAAUCUUAAUAUUAACUAUUCCAAGGCGGUAAUACAAGAGCACACAAUGGGUUUGUUAUAAAACACAUUUGUGAUGUUGCACUCCAUAUGCUUUAUGAAAAUAUGCUUGGAAUGGGAAUAUAAUGUAACUGGAAUGUGCUUUUAUGCAAAAGGUCUCUUGUAAGGUAUUGCAAAGCUUAUAACCUACUGAGUGUGGUCAUCCUAUUUGUAUGUAUGCAUCAGUCUAGUAUCUAAAACUAGAAAUAUGAAGUUAACUCUGAGGUCCUAUUGUAAUUAUGUAAAGUGUGGGCCAUUAAUGGUGGUUUAGAAUAUUGACUAGGACAAUUGGCUGUAAAUGGCUGUUUACCUGCAAGCCUUCCUGUGUACGGGAUGAAGAAUGAGGUCUCACAGGUCAUGUGACCAGGUCACAUGAUUCUGGAAUCCAUCUUAAACCUGGUGCUUUUCCAAUUAGGAGGAGGGGUGGAGACCAAGAGAGACACAAGAUUCCCGCCUUGUGCCAAAGAGAUAAAAGCAGGUGGAACAGAACAAAGGAGGCUGCCAGUCAUGAGAAAUCCCCUAGUUACCACCUGAGCUGGAACUAACAAGAACUGUACCGGGGAAAGGAUUGGGCCUAGACUAGGAAGGAGCCUAGUCUGUGAAAGAAGCUUAUUGGAACAUCUCUGUGGGUGAGAUUUACCUGUAUUCAGUUUCUUAAAUGUAUUAGGCUUAGACUUGGGUGUUUUGUUUUAUUUUGCUUGGUAACUUACUUUGUUCUGUCUGUUAUUACUUGAAACCACUUAAAUCCUUUUUAUAGUUAAUAAAAUCACCUUUGUUUAUUAACUAA